GUUUCUAUAAGGUUUCUUAAAUUUUCAGGCUACUUGAACAAUUUGCUUAUCCAUGAACCCAGAGCCCAAGAAAUGGACCUUUGGGUUUGGCUCCACAAUCGCGCAUCUUGGUAGAGCUCAACUCGGGUAGUUUCGAUUUGCUGACCACUUUGUCGCCAUCUACCCGCCGGGGUUCUCAGCACACAUUGUCGUGUUCGAAGGCUCCGACAGCGUCGAUCACCCAUCUGUCCCUUGUUACUGCACAGCAUUUGUCUUGUAUUACGAUUUCCGCUUUCAAUAUUAGUAUAGUAGUAAACCGAACUUAGAAAAUAGGUAAAGCCGAAAGGAAUACUGAAGCGACAUUUUGGUAAUUUCCUUUAUGCAUAUGAUAUAUACAUGCGAAUAUUAGUGUUUGGAGAAGAAAUUGUUAACGGGUUAUGUGUAUUGUGUAUGCAUUGAAAAGCGCUAGUCAGCUGUCUGAAGCGAAGCACGCCAUCGUUAUCCCGAACAAUAGUUUUCCUAAAUUAAAAACUAGUGUUAACUACUCGAAGAAUACCAGUGCAAUGGCGGGUAAAUUCUGGAGCUCAUCACAAUUCCAACAGUGGCUACUCGAUCGGCAGGAUUUACUCCGUGAACGACAUGCCGACCUGCAGCUUCUCAGCGAGGAAGAGUACUCAAAAGUGAUGAUAUUCUUCGCUAACUUCAUCCAGUCGUUAGGGGAGCAAUUAAAAGUUAAACAGCAAGUGAUUGCUACGGCUACAGUAUACCUCAAGCGAUUUUACGUUCGGAAUUCGUUCAAGUGCGUCGAUCCUCUUCUGUUAGCACCCACGUGCAUAUUUCUCGCAUCAAAGGUGGAAGAGUUUGGCGUGAUUUCGAAUUCGAGAUUAAUAUCAACGUGUCAGGCCGUUGUGAAGAACAAAUACUCCCACGUAUAUGCAACAGAAUUUCCUUACCGAAUCAACCAUGUGUUAGAAUGUGAGUUCUAUCUUCUGGAAGUGAUGGACUGCUGCCUCGUACUUUACCAUGCGUACAGACCAUUGGUCCAAUAUGUUGCUGAUAUUGGUCAAGAUAAUGAGCUACUAUCAACGGCCUGGAAGGUGGCCAACGACAGCUUACGGACCGAUGUUGCAUUACUAUAUCCUCCGCAUCAGAUUGCCAUUGCGUGUUUGCACAUUGCCUGCGUCAUCCUUGGCAAAGACUACAAAACUUGGUUUGCUGAGUUAAAUGUCGACUUCGAAAAGAUACUUGAGAUCACACGCAUCAUUCUCAAUCUAUAUGAGUUGUGCAAAAACUUUGACGAAAAAAAAGAAUUGCCGCAGAUUCUACAGAAGGUGCCCAAACCAAAAACGCAGCCGUCACGUCCACCAUCGCAGGGUCCAGAUGGCCAGCCCGCAAGUCAGCCUCCUCAAGGUGUUGGUCAACAACCUCAACAACAGCAGCAGCAACAACAGCAACCACAAGCGCAACAACCCCAACAACAGCAACAGCAACAACAACAGGCACAGGCCAUGCAACAACAGCAAUAAUACAUCGCCGUGACAGUAAAUUGAAGAACAUUGUAAGGGUUAUGCGGCAUAAAAAUAACUAUAGCUCUAACGAAUAAUAUGGGACUGUUAGUAAUUGGCUCAAAAACCGUGCCCGUUUGAAAUCGCACUGCGCUAAAAUGGUUUUCUAAUUAGAUAUUUUGGCCUGAACGAACAAAUUCGCCCAAAUUCAUGGCGGAUAAGUAGAUUGAUUAAUGUUGACGUCAGGGGAACAAGUUUGAAUAAUAUUCAGCGCAUUAUAGCCAUACGUAAAUCGUCGAAAUAAAUAAGUGAAAGGCACUAGGUUACUAGGAUUUCAUGACUGAACGGAUGAGUAGACGAUCUUCCCAACACGAAGGUAAUAUUUUACAAACGCAAGAAAUACUAGCAAUAGCUAAUGUAAAUGCUAGGUAGCAUCACAUUGAGCUCAGCCAUUUUAACAAACAAGCUGGAACCUACGGGAGCUACACGACAUGUGUGCAUUUGUCAUGUUGAUGAAGUGCGUCAACGCUGACAGAAUGCUCCAACACCAAAAACAUGAAACGUACUCAGGACUAUUUGUCCUUUUGGUCAAGGCAAAUUGGCGCAGAACUGGUAGCCACGGACGGCUGUAAAUUCUAAUAGUCACGGACACGCACAUAAUUACGGAUUAUCAUUCCACUUAUUUAAGGCGAUUGAAAACGCUAAAGUAAUGGAUUUACCGGUGAUAUGUCUACAGCGAUCUGUAACAGUAAUCAUUCGAUCUGACUGUAUCACUAGAUAUAUAUACCCUUAGGUAACGAAUCCAUAAUUUUUUAUCAAAUAGGAACGAUAUCCGUAAUACGUUCAAUUAAACAAUGUGACUAUAUAUAUUGCGCUUGAUGGUGCGUUAACAUAGCUCAACGACUAAUAAUCAUGAAUCGUAAUGAUUUUGAUAAUUGCUAUGAACAACUCUAAUGGUAAUCAUGACAUGCAGCGCAUUUUGAUUCAGUUCAAUCAUCGACUUGGGUUUUUGACCCAGCAUCACUUUUUUAUUUAAGUCGUUACCGUUACGAUCCAACGGAUUGUAUUUUGUGCUAAGAAACUAGCGACUGGUUCAGUAUGACAGUGGAACUCUACGCUGACCAAAAAAGAGGUUCAGUCGAAUAAUAUGUGUCGAACGUUUCUUACUAAUGGUUUGUAACAAUUUAUACAUAUAAUUAAUGGUAGUUUAGAUCAAUGAGAAUUAUGCUAAGGGAGAGCAACUUUUGCAUGAUUUGAAAGAAAAAAAACUACUUAAGACUGAGUAAUACGACAACAGCAACCGCUGGAUGCAAUUGGCCGUUUUGGGUCCGAGGAAAUUAAAUGAUUACAGUGUAUACGAUUCGAGCUGAUAAGCCCUUGAUAAAAAUAUUACUGUACAUUUGUAAAAAGUACAUAGAAAUUUAAUAAAUUUUUUGGAUCUU